GCCAUCUAAUGAAUAUUUGUAGGAUGCUAUGGUGGUAUGCCGCCUUCGAAAGAACAGUGAGUUCAAUAUAAAUGAUAAUCCGGGAAGAGAUUCUCUCGUUCAAAGUGAUUUGUCUCCAGUAGACAAUAGCACUACAGCUUUAUCUGGAGUUGAACAAUCGGGCAUGGUUGAAGGGACCAAGACCGGUGACAACUUUUUAAAGGAGGGUAGUAGCAGUUAUAACUCUCAGUCUGUAGAACAGAUCGACUUUGGCUCUGAAUCUGAUGAGAAAGUAACGGAGUUCGAUCAGCACAACUUUUCCAGCAACGAGAAGGGCUGUGUUGAAGAAGAGGAUUGUUAUGCUGAUAUAAUGAAAGACGAUAUAAUAAUGCUAGAUGAUUCUUCAUUAAAUGCUACUGCAGGUCUCUCUUCAGCUGUGUCUGCAAAACCCGAGCUUGACAUGAGAUCUGAACAUCCGACUCAGGCUACUGUAACCACUACACAUCCUUUCCAGGGAACAGCAAAUCGACGACUCAGACUAAGGUGGCCAAAACCAGAACAUCAUCGAGUAGAUUUCUUUGAAGCAUCUAAUAAUGAAAAGGAGUACACUGGUGAGAAUGUAGCUCACCGGCAGUCAGCACGUAGCCAUUUUCCAAUGACUAGAGUUAGGCCUUUGUCCUUAACCCUGUUUCUGGUUAUAUUAGUUUUUCUGGGGCUACUUCUGUUCUUUACUGGAAAUUAUUAGCAAAUCGAGAUGGUUAGUUAUGGCUCCGGGUUUAAAAGAUAUACUAAUUAACUGGUAUGGUUUUCUUCCCGCGAUCUUGAGGUAACGCUUAAAUAUAAGUUUUAUCUCUGGUAUGGUUUUCUUCCCGCGAUCUUGAGGUAACGCUUAAAUAUAAGUUUUAUCUAGUUUAAGCAUGUAAGAGAGAGAUCAGAAUGUAUACUGGAAUGUAAUGGUCUAAUGGAGAUAUGCACAGUUUUAUAAUUUAUAAAUGUUUGCUUGAAAUGGGCAUGUAAGAGAGAGAUCAGAAUGUAUACUGUAAUGUAAUGGAGAUAUGCACAGUUUUAUAAUUUAUAAAUGUUUGCUUGAAAUGGAUUC